AGUAGGAGAGGUAAUAGCACACCCUGUAGUCUUGUAUGCCAUUGUAAGGACUUCAGCUUUUAUUUUGAAUGAACAAGAGAGAUGUAAUGGGCACAUUCUUUAGGGCCUUUUAUGCUACUCUUUAUUUUGAGUAAGAUGGACCCAUUGAGGGGUUUUAAGCAGAGAGAUGAAAUAAUCCAACUUAAGUUUUAAGUGGCCUACUCUGUUGUAUUGAGAAGAGGCAGGCGGAAGUCAAGGAUAGAAGCAGGAGACCAGCUGGACGGCUAACGUAAUUCUGUAGGGCAAUGCAGACAAUGGUGGCUUGGGACAAGAUAGUGGCAGUGGAGGUUGUAUUCUGGAUACAUUAUCAUUUUCAGUUUGUCUUCCCCUGCUCCCUCAUCUCCCAUAGAUACCUCAGAUUCUCAGUGAUUCCUUCUUUUUGCUUUGGUCACAUUCCUCUCUUUUCUCCUCCCUUCAUCGAAUAUGCAGGAAAACAAGGUAUGGGAUCACCACUAGCUUAGUACUGCUGAUGAACCCCAAAUCCAGGGCAGUAUUUGACACAUCAAGCCAAAAAGCAGCUGCCCUGUGGGUCAGGAGAGGCCCUUUGGCUGGCACCACCAAGGCUUAAAUCCCUGAAAGGAGGCUGGUAUCCACUGGAGCCACUUCAAAACUGGUUGUCCAGGCAAAGCCAUGAUUGACUUUGGGAGCUGGAUCCAACCAGCAGAGAAGAAACCGGGACAGUGUUAGAAGACUGGAAAAGAAAGCUGGGUAAAAAGAUGCAGCAGGUAAAAAGAGGAGUGUCUGCAGUGUAUCACAAGGAGGAUGAAGUGGUGGUAUCAGAUGAGACUCCAGGACCAUCAAACCAGCUUUGUAUCCGUGAUACCAGGCUCCUGCAGGAAAGAGCUCUGCCAUCUCCUCAUUGUCCUGCCUUUGCCGAAGAUGGACGCCAAGGAAACCUGCCAGGAGCAAAAAUCACACUGAUGAGCCAACUCCAAGAGGCAGUGACAUUUGAGGAUGUAGCUGUGAACUUCAGUAAUGAGGAGUGGCAGUGUCUGACCCAUGCUCAAAGGGACCUCUAUAAAGACGUGAUGUUGGAAAAUUAUGGGAACGUGGUAUCACUUGGAUUUCCAUUUCCUAAACCUCCUUUGAUCUCCCAUCUGGAGCAAGAGGCAGAGCUCUGUGCUCAGGAUCGACAGGCCAGGGAGUUCCUGAGCUGCUUCUACCCAGUAUCAGCUGCCAAGACACGGCCGGAGAAUGAGAAGGCAAGUUCAGAACAGGAGGUUUUUGAAAAUGGAGAAGUCUGCUGGGUGAAAUUUAAAAGUCUCCUAAAAGUUGUUUCCCAGGAUCCAGAAGUUGGAGAAGUUUGUGUACAAGAUGUCAAAUUAGAGAAUCAAUGGGAAAUGCCUAUGAGGAAGAAACUGAGAGAAGAGAAAGAACGCUGUGAGAAAGUGACCUUCAAGAAAGGAAAGAACCAGAAGGUACUUAGAAUAAACUCAAAAUGUAUUCCGUAUAGAGUUCUUACAGAAAAGAAACUCCAUGAAUGUGCCAGGUGUGGCAAAAACUUCAGCUGGCAUUCUGACCUAAUUCUCCAUGAGCGAAUUCACUCUUGUGAGAAACCCUAUGUGUGUAAUGAGUGUGGGAAAGCAUUCAAGACCAAAAAUCAGCUUUCUAUGCACCAGAUAAUCCACACAGGGGAGAAACCCUUUAACUGUAGCCAGUGUGGGAAGGCCUUCAACAGUAGAUCAGCUCUUUGCCGACAUAAAAAAACGCACAGUGGGGAGAAGCCUUACCAGUGCAGCGACUGUGGGAAGGCCUUCAAGACCAGGAACCGUCUUAGGAUGCAUCAGAUCAUCCACACUGGGGAGAAGCCUUAUGAGUGCAGUGGCUGUGGGAAGGCCUUUCAGUUUAAGCAUUCCCUUAUCAUCCAUGGCAGAAGCCACACUGGGGAGAAACCCUAUGAGUGUGAGGAGUGCGGGAAGGCCUUCAGCGGGAGUUCAGACCUCAUCAAACACACAAGAAUCCACACUGGGGAGCGACCUUAUGAGUGCAGUGAGUGUGGGAGGGCCUUCAGCCAGAGCUCAGACCUAAGCAAACACACAAGAAUCCACACUCAGGAGAAACACUGUGGGUGCCCUCAGUGUGGAAAAGCCUUCAGCAGCAAGGCAGAGCUCACCAAGCACAGAAGAAUCCACACUGAAGAGAAGCCUUACAAGUGUAAGGAGUGUGGGAAAGCCUUUCGUCAUAACUGUAAACGCAGGACUCAUGAACGAGAACACACAGGGGAGAAGCCCUAUCGAUGUGGGGAUUGUGGGAAAACUUUCCAGGAUCGACACUGCCUUACCAUCCAUCAAAGAAUCCACACUGGAGAGAAACCUUAUAAAUGUUCAGAGUGUGGUAGAGCUUUCAGUGGGAAAUCAAACUUGACCAAUCAUCAAAGAAUCCACACCGGAGAGAAGCCUUACAGAUGUGAGGUGUGUGGAAAGGCCUUUCAUCAUAGUUCAGUCCUGAGGCAGCACAAAAGAAUCCACACUGGUGAGAAGCCAUUUACCUGCAGUGAAUGUGGCACAUCUUUCCGUCAGAGCUCAGCUCUGAUUGGACACAAGCGAGUUCAUACUGGGGAGAAACCUUAUGAAUGUGAGGAGUGUGGAAAAGCUUUCAGAGUGAGCUCAAAUCUUACUGGACAUAAGAAAAGAAAACAUAGAGUGUGGGGAACCCACAAACUUGAUGAGAAUGGGAAAUCCCUCUCUCCAGUAACCAGUUCUCAGACCUUUUCAUUCAUCAAUAUUUUGACCACCAACAUUUGAGGGUAGUGAUUCUGGUGUUUACACUUUCUCAUUUCUCCUUCUACUUCUUAUACUGGUCCCUCUUGUCUCCUGUAUUGGUUCUUCCUGGUUCCCUGACCCCCUAAUUGUGAGACCCCACCAAGCCUUUGUCCUUGACCUUCCUAUUCAGUGUCUCUUCAGUGAGCACAUUCACUUCCAAGGCUUUGUCUAUCAAUAAUAGUACUGUAAUAUUAGAUACUAGUGCUUGACACAUGCCAGGCACUAUUCUUUACAAUUUUUAAUCAUUUAAUCCAUACAACAUCCCUAUGGGAUGAGGAAAUUGAGGCAUAAAAAGAUGAAGAAACCUGAUGUAGAUCACUUAACUAGUAAAUUCUGAACAAAUGCCCACUGAAUGCUUAGACUUACCUGAGCAAUUUCCAUAAUCCUGCACCACAUCUCUUGGAUAUGAAGCUAUACCUCAGUUCAGCACAGAACAUUUUUUUAAUUGAUAAACAUUGAUCAUCUUUAGCAAGUUUUGCUUUAACUUAAAGCCUGAAUGGUACUUCUGCUUAAAGGAUCAGAAUUGCUGAGAUUCAGUGGGGGAAGGGAGGCAGGACAAGGGCAGAUUUUAAAAUUACAGAUAAGUAGAAGUCAGGUAUACACUGCUCAAGCAGCAGUGUACGUAUGGAAAAAGCAUGAAGCCUGACCCACUUUGUUAUAAAUACACUAAAAGUUCUUCAAGAUGUUGAUUUCUUAAAUAUUUGCUAUAUCUGUUUGCAUGACAUAUGAAAUGCUGUUUCAAAUAGAUUAGUAAAUUUAUAUCUAUCUUUUCAAGUCUUUCAGUAUCUAACAUCUAUCCUUUCUCUUGCGAAUGUUAUAGGUCCUUACUGCAGACAGAAUUAAAUACCCACAUGCAAUAAGGCUGUUAAAAUAGAAAUUGAAAAUCCUAGAAGAGGAUGCAAAUGUGUGUCAACUUAAUUAACAUAAUGACCAUAAUUGAGAAUUAAAUUUACUUCUAAGUUCCCUGACUGGUAAAGAGAUGAGCAAUGGGUUCCCCAGCAUUUGUCAAAAGUGUUUUACAAGCUAAUGUUUUUUAAAAAUAAGUUUGAGAAAUGCUGGCUGGGUGGAGGUUUUUAUUCCCUUAAAGACUUCUCAGUGUUUAUACUAUGCUAAUGUCCUUUCUGAAUCUUAAACAAAGGAACUGUAAGAAGCAUUGCUUUCCCAAAGUGAUGGACGAAGGAAUUCUGUUUGGAGGAGCACCUUCAUGGACUCUUGUUUCACAGAAAACAUCUUGGGAAAUGGUUACACAUUAUCUAAUAUGGACAAGGAGUCCAAGAUACACAAUUUUCUAGUAACAAAUUCCAAAGGGAAUUACAUGGCUUAUGAUACAAAAGACAGAUUAAACAUUGUUUCUUAAGUUCAGUUUCUACAGGAAAUUAGAGCAUGUUCUUUAUAUGGCCAUUUCUUAUAUAGUUUGUUGAAGAAAACCAAGAUGAAAACAUUUAGGAUAUAACUCUAAAAUUGUUUCUGUGGAGGAUGACACGCUGUAUAUGUGGCUUUUGGAUGAUAUAACGUGACUUAAGGACAGAGUUUAGGCUAUGUCUGGAGAAUUGGCAGUGCUUUUCCAAUCUCUUUUGACUGCAAGGACCCCUUAUUUGAUGAUCAAUAAAUUUUACCAACACUCUCUCCCUCGUGCAUACACACACUACAAGUAGUUGUACUUUAAUGCUUGAUGGCAAAAUGUUGUCAUGUUCUCCUAGAAAAUCUGAGGUUUUGUUAAUUACAACAGCAUGUAUAUGCUUUUG